CGCGCCCCCGCUCGCGCACUCUCAGCAUCAGCACCAAGGCGAGACUGAACAGCGGCCGUCAACGAAGAAAAGAGCCUUUAUAUUAUUGGCGACAUUGUAGCUUUUCUUAAAAAUAUGAACCGUACCUUUUCGUCAGAGGGGGCAGGAAUAAAAUAUCACUGAUUACCCUCCUCCUAUCUUCUUAUUGUUCGUAGCGAUUUGUUUUUUGGUGUUAUUCUCGCAGCCUACAUUGGCUACAGUGUGCAAUAGGCUAGGUCUAGCGUGGAUUCCGAAAUGAGCAGCUCGCCGAGGAUAGGGUAACACCGAAAUGAAUGACACUGCAGCCAUCGAUUGAGCUAUGAUUCUACCUGCAGAAAGGGUUUUACAAUGAGCCGGGUUCUCGACGCACUGGCAGCGGGCAUGAUCCAUUGUGUGAUUUCUCGCCGCUCUGACCGGGCGAGUCCCUUCAUCCGAGGGCGCAGCAUCACAACACACACGAGCCACCCUGACAAAGACAUGGACACGUCGCCUCUGAUGCCCCCGUAUCCUCUUCGCUAUUGAAAUGAUAGCUCAGGGCAGAAAGACGAGGAUCAAGGGGCGCAGACCGGCCGCCGGACGCGUGGAUUCCAAGGGGAACCGUGCUGGACACAUGCAGCGAGUUCAGUCCAAGGACACCAGUAUUGCUUUUUCAGGGGAGAAGCUCGGAGGGCAGCGCCGCACACAGACGCAGGCAUACCGGGAAGACCUGGGAAAGGGGGCCGGUGCUCCUUCCCCCAAACCUCCAUCGUCAUAUAUUGCCCCCUGUUUUACUGCUCUCGUGUGAUCAUAACAUUGUCUUAUAUUGUGUUUGUGUACCAAUGCAAAUGUAUGUUUCUUUCACACGUACAGCUUUUAGAUCUUUAUUUGAUCUGUUUAAUCCAUUGACAUCAAUUGGCUGUGUGUGGUUGUGGAACUGACGGGUGUUUCGAUUUGGGUGGAAUGGUGACCGUGUUAGGACUGCCCUCCCCCUGGUUGGUUUCACUGACGCUGACACUAACCGCAGUCAUGGGCUGCAUUCAAAGCAUUGCUUGCAAAUCGCGAGUCCAGCGGGAGAACAUCGUGGUGUACGACGUCUUGGCCACAAUUGACCAGUUCCCGACGGCAAUUGAGGAGGACUCGCCCAUUGUGCUGCGCUACAAGACUCCGUACUUCAAGGCCUCGGCCCGGGUGGUGAUGCCGCCGAUUCCCCGCAACGAGACAUGGGUGGUAGGCUGGAUUCAGGCUUGCACACAAAUGGAGUUUUACAACACCUACGGUGACAUUGGAAUGUCAAGCUGGGAGUUACCAGAGCUACGUGAGGGUCGAGUGAAGGCCAUCAGCGAUUCUGACGGCGUCAGUUACCCCUGGUACGGCAACACCACGGAGACGGUGACCCUGCCAGGCCCCACCUCUAAGCCCUCGCGGUUCACCAUCAGCAUGAACGACAACUUCUACCCCAGCGUGACGUGGGCGGUGCCCGUCAGCGACAGCAACACGCCGCUCCUCACCCGCAUCAAGAGGGACCAGAGCUUCACCACCUGGCUGGUGGCCCUCAACGUGGCCACCAAGGAGAAGAUCCUGCUGCAGACCAUCAAGUGGCGCAUGCGGGUGGACAUUGCCGUCGACCCCUCCAUGCCACUGGGCUCCCGGGCCUCGCUGACCGGCCGGCCGCAGCAGGAGCAGCCGCGCGUCCUGGCGCGCAUGGAGCCCAUACCCCCCAACGCUUUGGGCCGCCCCAACGCCAAUGACGCGCAGGUGCUGAUGUGGAGACCCAAGAGGGGAGCGCCGCUGGUGGUCAUACCGCCUAAAUAAGAGUCACAAGGGGCCCCCCGCAAAGGUGCGGGGACAGGAACUGCCCCAGACAGGAGGAAGCUUGCCUUACAUGCACAUCGUUCCAGAGACCUCCUUUCAGUCUGUGAGCGGGAGCAAAGGUUCAUGGGAGGUGGGAUAGGUAAUGGGAAUCUGCCUUAAAUUUCCUCUGGGCUGAUUGCAGAAAGGACUGCUCUUAAAGAGUGUUUUACUACUGGACAACCACUGGUCUUGCAUCACUGGAGUAGCCGGAUUACAAUAGACCUGGAAUAAUAAUAAUCCGUAAAUUUCAUCUCUGCUGACACAUCAUUGGGUGAGCCAGAGAAUACACUGAUUUUGUCAAAAGUGAAGAGGAGGAAUCUAGCUCAAAUUUGGGGAAAGCAUAGCAGCAUAAUAGCUCAAAGUAUGAGGUCUGGCUGCAGGGUGUAGAAACCUGUGGCUAGAACUCUGACUAUAGCCCCAAUGUCAGUCUGUGCACCCGGCUUCUGUAAAAUAUUAUCAGUGAGUUCAGACCAGAUCAGUAACCCCAAGAGCUUCAUUACUUCAAUCCAACUGAUCCUGACACAAGAUCCAUCCAGACCUGACUGGUCAAGGACAUAGGUUAGUUGGAGGCAAAAGGGAGAUGACGCAACCUUCUUGCCCAGGUUCUUCAGGUAGACUCUUGGACACUCAGUAGAAAUCUGUACGUCAGUAGGAGAAGCAAGGGACGCACAGGGUGAUAAUGACAUGUAAAGUCUGAAGUAGUAUUUCACCUUCCAUUUGAGGUAAAUUGAAGCAAAAUAUAAAAGUGCUGUAUUUAUGCAUUCUCUGCACCAUUAAUCAUGUAAACAAAACAUUUGGACAGAUAAGGAAGGUCAGUUGGUGGAUCUGACUUUGGGUUCUCCUGGGUGGUAAAACAUUAUGCAGUUAUUUCUAUAGAAUUCACAGAAGAAUGCCUUGGAAUUAGCAGGCAUACAUUUUUUAUACUAUUAUUCAACAAACAAGGCAUGCAACCAAGAUACAUUUUUUAAACUAAUUCUACACAUCUGGAGAUUUCAUUCUGUUAUUCUUGGACCUUGAGACUGAGUGAGUAGAGUUUAAUGUCAUUCCUGAGUGAUACAAGGAUGCUAAUUUUAACUAUUAGUGUCUAUUUUCAGUUGGCUUGAAGUACUAACCAUUUAAUUUCUAUUUUAAAUGCAGCUUUCUCUACCCUAAUCAGGCUUGCUUGCCCUGAUUCACAUGACGUUGACCAGGUCUGAACAAAACAACAUUUUAAAAAUGUAGAAAUGGCUGACCAUUUGAUGUGCCUACAACUAGACUAGCAUUCAAUCUUCACCCUGCAGACAAAAAUGUUUACAGAGAGCAGCUAUACUGACAGCAAACACUGAGGUGAGGGUAGACAGAACACACAGGCAAAGUGGAGGAGACUGGUUGUGCCGAUGGAGGAGGAGGAAAAUGGAUGUGUGGUAGUGACACAGGCGGGGCUGCUGGCUCAGGAAUUCUAGCAUGUCUGAGGAAGACAGGACAGUGGGAGAGGAGGAGACACAGAACAGUCUCACUGACCCAAAAGGUCCUGGCUGUAAAUGCCAGAGCUACAUUGUCCUGACACGCAAUCUUGUCCAUCUUGUCUUGUCUCUACAAAUUAAUUUAGGCUCACUUUGGUAAAAUUAGUUUAAACCCCCAAAACAAUUCCCCAGCCCAAAAGUUUCAGGCUAGUUUACAGUAUAUGAUUUUGAAUGCCACAUCAAUUGACAUGCUUGCUUUGGACAAGACUGCUUUUUCUUUUUAGAGAUCUGCCUAUCCUCUCUAAAGCUGCUAAUUACCAAGGUAGAAAUCACACAGGCCUUCUCAAAAGGAGUACCAGAACACUCCGAUUGAGCUCUGCUCCCCUUCCUGAUGUAGCCUCCUUUCUUUACCUCUCAUCAUCCCGUCCUCUCCUCCCUCUCAUGCCUUGCCCCUUCUCUCCGUCUCUCGACGAGUCAAGCCAAAGCUACUGUAUGAACGCGGACAUCACACAAACACGGGGAGAUAGCAGCCAUUAGCGCUCUGAAGCUUCCAGGGGUCGCAGGGACACGGUGAUAAAAGGAGCACCUGCACCUUGGACGGCAGGCUUCGCUUAGCGCACAUCAGUCAUCACACCGCUCACCACCCAGCUGUGCUCGUUACCUAACGAGAGGCGGUAGCACGCGGCGGCGCGGAGGGG